AUGCAAUGGCUAAUGACGAUGGAGUUAAUCGAGAGCAAGUAUGGCGAACGAAUAAGAAGGGACUGGGAUUGUGGUGGUAGUUGUCGAGUGACAGGUAGAGAUCGAGAUAAUCUGAAGUCUUUUGCUGGUAUGGUAGAAGAUGAUAACAAGCUGAUAGUCGAGACCGAGACCGUGGAGGCGCCCGUGUCGAGCCUGUUGAUUGCCAGCACUGCGGCUGGCAAUCCCGCGAACGCUAGCGGGGGAGGUGGUAGUCGUAUGGCUUAUAAGGAAGUGUCGGAAGUUGGCGUUGCGGUUCCAGGGAUCAAGACAGUUGUCGGCAAUACGGUGGGAUCGAGAAACGAUGCGAGUUCAUCGUUGAAAAAGGUAGACGGAGCUGCGUCUGGGUCGAAUAUCAAUCUUAUCGAUCAUAAUCCGAUGUCGCCGCAUGUGGGACAGGCGUCGCUGCGCAACAAGAAGAGCUCUUUGUUGAUAGACUCGUCGAAUGAUGACAGGCCGAAGGGUGAUGAUGAGGUAAAGGGUAGGAUGGUGGAGGCGGAUUCGAGGAUUGGUGCGGGCGGUGGCACGGGAUUGAGGAAACAUAUGGAUGAGAUCGCUAAUGCGAACCGUGACGAGGCGGAAAGUCACCAGGGGCGGCCGGCUGGGGACGGUGAGCUGGGGGCUUCGCGAGCGUUUCAAUCGUCAAAGGCAAGUUCCGCGGUUCCAACGCCUUUGAUGCUACCGGUGGCUAGUCAUUCCAUCGCGGGUGUUACGGUGCCGCCGACGUCAAUGGUGAGCGCCACGUCGGGCACUCAGGCAAAUAGGGCGGCAGAGUCGAAGCCGUUUAACAAGAUUAUGGAGAGGCCUUCCGUAACCGUUGCGAGCUCGAGGGAGCUGCUUCGGGAUGAAGAGCUGCUGAGGAAGAAGGGCGGUAGUAAUGCCAGAGAAGAUCAGGUUGCCGGGGGGCCGAUCAAGCCAUCGGCAACGCAUGCUGAGGACCAUGACAUCGACUCGCUGCAUAAGCCAACGAAGGCAGAUUUUUUCGCUGCCAGAUUGGCAUCCGCGGUCGGUGAAAAUGAUAUCAGUGAUUCUGAAGAGACCUUCAUAUACGAGUCCGCCGCCAACUCGACAAAGAAUGCCAUAGGAACACUUGCGGUUGAUCAACAAAAUGAUCACAGUCCACAAGCGCAGCAUGGGAUUGCCUCCAAGAUGAGCGUUCCGGUUUUGAGCAGUAAUGCCAAGUUAUUGACGCGGUUGAAAAACACAAGGCAUACUAGUAUGAGUGCUCUUCCAACGGGCAUGGGAACCAAGCAACCGGCUAAUAUCGAAAGCUUCAAUAGCAAAACCGAAGCUCCUCCCCAUGGUGGCUCUAUGGCUCCCCCAACGACCUCGACGCUAAAUGCGGAGCAGGACAGCGUACGAUCUUCAAAUGUACAUCGUGCUGGCAAGCCAGCGGAUGCUCACUCUAUCAGGUCUGUCACAUCGGAAACGUGGUCUCCCGAUAAAAGAUUGAGUCUCACGUCCGUGACAAAAGGAGCCAACGGCCCUGCCAAGCAAGGCCACUCUUCGCGUAAACCGUCGAUAUCGAACUCGACACUGCGACAUGUUUCUUCUUCACAGGCAGGUACUGCGAGGGGCAAAUUCGCAGCCAACAAUGCAUCCAAACCAGAGCCAGAGGGUACUCCGAAUGCAUGCAACAAGAGAAAUCUGCGCACGACAGCUUCAAAGAUCUUCGAUGCGAACGGCGCUCCCCUGAGGCGAUAUUCCGGUGUCCCCGACGACAUCAACCUGGAGGAUUUUAUAGAGCAAUCAAACGGCCACCUAAUGCCCAGUGUCAGUAAUCAAAAGGAAGAGAGGCAGAAGGUUAAUAGUGAGUCCAAUCACCUUACGGACAAAAGAUUCAGCCGAGAUAUGAUGGACCAAGAUCACAGACGCACCAUCCAGGAGGUGGAAGGCGAGGAUAACGGCGACGAAGAUGACAUGCAUUCUAUGUUUUACUAUAACCACCGGGGUGACUUGGAAGCCAGACCACAAAUCUCAGACUAUGAGGAAGACCCAGAAGCGAUGGAGGACGAUCAUCACGAUGACAAGUAUUUUAACGUGACGUUCAACACUGGUCUUGGGAACUCGAACAGCAGACAACCGCGGCUUUUUGAAUCUGGAUUUUCACCAGCGGAUAUCCAUUUCCAGACAAGCCAUUUAGGCAAUGGCCCCAGCAAUGGUCAGGGACAAAAUACGAACAUCAACGAGCAGACACCAUUGAGACACAGAAAACAGUUCUCGAGAGCUCAAUUAAGCUAUUCUCCGCAUAAUUUCUAUACCAGAAAGUCGUCGUGGGCCAAGAUCAAACAUUGCGUAUAUUUCACCUUUGUCGUCAUUUCAUUGCUAACCACAGGUUUCAUCCUAGGGUUCCUGUUGGCCACCAACAAAGAACUGCAAGAUUUCAACAUAGUGCUCAUGGACAAUGUGCUGUCCAGUUCCGAUGAGUUGCUUUUCGAUAUAACCGUCAGCGCUUUCAACCCCGGUUUCUUCGCCAUAGGCGUACAGGACGUGAACCUCGACAUCUUUGCCAAGAGCGCGUACAUCUCCAAGAACAUACAGGGCUCGAGCGAGCUGAAUUCGCCGACAAGGGAGACCAUCCUCUUGGGAACAGUCUACACUUUAGAGACCCCGCUGAAAUUCGAAGGCGGUUUUAUAAGAAGGAACUACGAUGUCUCGGUAUCUACAGUCAAACUCUUCGACCCUGGAUCCAAGCAGGACCUCCCGGAUGGCGACGAACGCGAGAUGACAACCUCUACGGCCGUGAAACGGUCCAAGGACGAUGUCCAAAGGUGGAAACUCCUGAUAAAACAUGAGUACGAGCUCAUAGUAAGGGGAAGCAUGCAGUACAGAGUUCCCUUCUUCAGAAAUAGCAAGUCUGUGGCGGUGCAAAACAGUGUGGAAGUCCGCCCUGGCAAGGACGAUGACGAAGAUGGCGACGAUGAUGAAACCUGA